GUUGUGUUGCAGACAAAUCGAUGGCGUAAGUGCGUGUCGCGUGAGAGGCCAAGCCCACCAGAGAGCGUAGUGACCCACCAGCUGAGAUGGGGGUCGCUGAGGACUUUGCUCCGAGCUUCACCCAGAAGCCGCAGCUGCGUCAGGAGGAUGAAGGCAACCGGCUUGUGUUCGAGUGCAAAAUCCUCUCCUCGCCGAAGCCAGACAUCACGUGGUUUCGCAGCGAGACGCAGCUCGCCGAGGAUAAUAGGACCGUGAUGAAAACACAGACGAUAGGCACGAAUUUGUUUCUAGUUGUGCUGGAGCUCGACGAUGUGGUCGAAACUGACGCUGGAUUAUACAAAGUGAAGGCGAAAAACAAGAUGGGCGAAGUGGCCGCCUCCAUCAAUCUCAACUUCAGCCCUGUGGAUGAACCUCCUGAGAAACAAAUCGAUGGCUUGGCACCAACGUUCUCAAAAAAGCCAGCUAUCAGGCAGGAGGAUGAUGGAAAAAGACUGCUAUUCGAAUGUAGGAUUCAAGCAGACCCGCAACCAACCGUUGUGUGGUCUCAUGGAGGAACGAUAGUCAAGGACGACAAUAGACACAAAUUGGUGGUGGAUAAAGAUGGUCAUUCGUAUUUUGCUACACUGGAAAUUCGAAAUGUUACUGUCGAGGAUGCUGGAAAAUACAAAGUUACUGCCAAGAACGAAUUGGGAGAAAGCAAUGCCACCAUAAGUCUGAAUUUUGACAGUGAUGAAGCACCGAUUCCCGAGAACGGCAUCAAGCCGACUUUCACCGAACGACCGGUCACCCGGCAGUCGGACGACGGCUCCAGUGUCACCAUUGAGUGCAGAGUUGUCGGCGACCCCAAACCUACAAUCAUGUGGUACCAUAAAGGAAAAAUCAUCAAAGAAUCGACAAGAAUAAUAACAACACUGGAACUGGAUCAGAGGCUGUACUACAUGGCCAGAUUAGACAUAAAACACGUGGAGAAAGCAGAUGCUGGAGAGUACAAGAUUGUCGCAAGGAACGAACAGGGAGAGGGAUCAGCAACUGUUAUGUUGAACUUUGAUGGCGGGGACAAACCAAAAAUUCCGGAGGGCAAGGCACCAAGAUUCCCGAAGAAGCCGACGAUACAUCAAGAAGGCGACAUUCUUGUGAUGGAAUGCAUGCUGGAAGCGAACCCUGUGCCAGAGAUCAUCUGGUACCAAGGCUCCAAGGUCAUUCUGGACACAAAUAGGAUUAAAAUGACAAAAAAGGCGACCGGCAAAGACACCUACUUGUUGAAACUCGAGAUAUCGAAUCCGACAAGAGCUGACGGUGGCAAUUACAGAUGUAAUGCCUGCAAUAGCUUUGGAGAGAGCAAUGCAAACAUCGCAUUGAACUUCCAAGGUGGAGCAGACGAAGGCUUCGCACCGUCCUUCAUCGAGAAGCCCAAAAUAAUUCCGAACGAAACCGGUACACUGAUCACGAUGAGGUGCAAGUGUACAGCCAAGCCUAAACCGAUAGUCACAUGGUUCAAAGGUACAAAAGCAGUUACAGAGUCAGCCAAAAUCAAAAUGAAAAUGAAUGAAAGCGAAGACAUUUACGAAAUACUUCUAGAAAUCAAAGACCCCAUUGGGCCAGACAGUGGUACUUACAGAUGUCAUGUUCAAAACGACUACGGCGAGAGCAACGCAAACCUGAAUUUGAAUAUUGAAGCCGAACCAGAGCCCGAAGGUGAACCACCGACAUUCGUCGAAAAACCGAAAAUCAAAUCAGAAAACAGUGGAAAACUCGUAAUCAUGGAUUGUACAGUCAAAUCCAUACCCAAACCGGAUAUUGUGUGGUACCAUGAGGGUACUGUUUUGAAACAGAGCACCAAGAUAACUUGGUCUAUGGUUGAGAAGAGUGAAAGCGUAUAUUAUAUCAAACUUGAACUCAAGGAUGCUGGAAAAGCCGAUUCUGGAUUAUACAAAUGCAACAUUAAAAAUACCUGUGGAGAGUUGAAUGCAAACCUGACUCUAAACAUUGAAAUCAUUCCUGUUAUCAAACAAGUUCCUAAAGCAAUUAAAAUUACACAAAAGAAAGCCGUCACUAUUGAAGUGCGUGUACAGUCGAUAUUCGAGCCCAAGGUUACAUGGAUGAAAGAGAAGGUGGUUGUGAAGGAGGAUGCUAAACACAAGGUCAAGGUGGAACAAGUUAAAGAAGGUGAAUACGCUGUGAAACUUGAAGUUCUAGAAUGCACAGCACAAGACAAAGGUUCAUACAAACUCAUUGCAAAGAACGAGAAAGGAGAGACAACUUCAGAUGCUAUUGAAGUCACAGAGGGUGGAAAUUCUCCAAUUAUCAAGGAACAUCUCAAGGAUGUGACAGUUACAGAAGGACUUUUCGUCGACAUGGCGUGUACAUUGGAAACAACCGACAAGAAGGCUAGAGCAGUUUGGUACAGAGAUGGCAAGGAAAUUACAGACGCUGCAUUCACACCCAACUUUGAUGGCACUGUAGCCAAGAUAACAAUUGCCAAAGUCAAAUAUGAGUUUUGUGGCACAAUAAAAGUGGUUAUUACGAAUGAAUUUGGUAAAGCGGAAUCAUCUGCUGAGCUCAAAGUAAAGAAAGAAGAAGAAAAGAAGGAAGAGAAGAAAGAAGAGAAGAAGGAAGAAAAGAAGGUUGAGAAGAAGGAAGAGAAAAAGGAGGAGAAGAAGGUGGAGAAGAAAGUAGAGGAGAAGAAGGUGGAAGAAAAGAAGGAGGAGACCAAAGUCCAGAAGAAGAAAAUAGAAGAGAAGGUUGAAGAGAAAAAGGUUCAAGUUAAGAAGAUCCAGAAAGACGAGUUGAAAGCGGAAGAAACUAAAAAAAUAACUAGGAGAAAAUCGACAUCUGUCCAAGAACAGAUUGUCAUCCAGAAUGAAGAGGAAACCAAGAAGCAGAAAGACACUGAACAAGACAAAGUGAGCAAGACCACAACUCCAGAAGCGAAAAAAGUGGAAUCACCUGAGAAAGAGCCCAAAACUGUUAAAGAUGACAAAGUGAACAUUCCAGAAGCUCGACCUGUUGAUAAAAAAGAGCCAGCAAAGAAGGAAUCUGAUUCAGAUAACACAAGUAAAGCCAAAGUUCCAGAAACAAAGACUCAAGAAUCAGUCAAAGUAUCAGAAACAAAGACACAAGAACUAGUCAAAGUACCAGAAACAAAGAAACAAGAACCAGCUAAAGUACAAGAAACAAAGACACAAGAACCUGUCAAGGUACCAGAAACAAAGAAACAAGAGCCAGCUAAAGUGUCAGAAACAAAGACACAAGAGCCAGUCAAAGUACCAGAAACAAAGACACAAACACCAGUCAAAGUACCAGAAACAAAGACACAAACACCAGACAAAGUUCCAGAAACAAAGACACAAACACCAGACAAAGUUCCAGAAACAAAGACUCAAGAACCUGUCAAGGUACCGGAAACAAAGAAACAAGAGCCAGCUAAAGUACCAGAAACAAAGAAACAAGAGCCAGCUAAAGUACCAGAAACAAAGAAACAAGAGCCAGCUAAAGUACCAGAAACAAAGACUCAAGCACCAGUAAAAGUACCAGAAACAAAAACACAAGCACCAGACAAAGUACCAGACACAAAGACUCAAGAACCUGUCAAGGUACCAGAAGCAAAGACUCAAACACCAGCAAAAGUACCAGAAACAAAGACUCAGGAAUCAGUCAAGAAGGAAGUUGAAACAGAUAAGACAAGCAAAGUCAAAACUCCGGGAGUACCAGAAACAAAGACUCAAGAAACAGUCAAGAACAAACCUGAUACAGACAAAUCAAACAAAGUUGAUACACCAGAAACACCAGAAAAUAAGAACCAACAACCAUUAAAGAAGACUACAGAAUCAGACAAAGUAAGCAAAACAAAAACACCGGGAGCUCCAGAGGCAAAACCAAAAGAAACAGCCAAGAAGGAGCCAGAAGCUGACAAAGUGAGCAAAACAAAAACAACAAGUGUCACAGAAACAAAGAAACAAGAAACAAAGCAAGAAACCAAGGAUAUAAAAGGUGCAGAGACCUUGGCUCUUCCCACUGAUAAGACGGAAAAAAUUGAUGAUUUACAGAAGGAAAGAAUGGGAAGUCGCAAGGGUUCACGGAAAGGUCCAAAACUUGAAACAAUCAAGAGUGAUUCAUCAGAAGAAGAACAACAGGACGAAGAGGAAGAGGAGAGUGAAACAGAGGAGACGAGAGAAACAACCACAAGAACUAGAAUCAAGGUGAAAGAUAUCAACCAGGUCACCAAUGGAGAGAACACUGACAACACCCAAAAGUUGAACGGCAAUGUUGCCCAAAAAAUAAUUGAAAACAAUGAGCAAAAUGAACAGAAAUUGAACAGAUUUGGUAGGCCGGUGAAGCCUCCAAAAAUUGAAGAGAAUAAACCGAAACAAGUGGAAAUAUUAGAGAAGAGACACAGUGUGGGAGGCGAGGCAUUCUUCAAUGUGCAAUUGAGACCAACAAAACGCGUAAAGGAGAUCAAAGAAGAUACCAAGAAACCUGAACCCACUUAUGAACUGUUCAAAAAGAAGUUGCCAGAUCUGCCACAGACUGAUGACAAGCCAGAAAAAACUGCAGUGGACAAGAAGAAAAUUGAAGCACCGAAGGGCAAGGAUGCGAAGAAACCCACUGAGGAAAUCGUUAAAGAGGAGACCACUCCUGAUGGGCGACCAAAGAAAACUACCGAAGCUCUGCUAGAAGAACUGCCUGGAGGCAGAAGAGUGAAGAGGCAAGAAGUAACAGAGAAAAAACACAAUGUGGGUGGUGAAGCAUUCUUCAAAGUUGCACUGAAACCCACUAAAAAGGUGACCAGAGUGAUUGAAAAAGUGGAACAGCCCAAAGAGCCGGACAAGGAAAUUGAAGAUAUCAAAUUGGGCACAGUCGACUAUGGCACUCUAGAAUUGCCUGAAAGCAAGCCUCGUAGGAAGAGAACAGACGAUGAUAUUAAAGUUAAAUACAAAGGAUCAAGCUCGAGCGAAGAGGAGGAACCUGUCAGAGAAGUUUCCACAGCUGAAUUCAAAUUUGAAUCACCUGAGAAAGAGAUGCCCCGUGAGAUCAAGAGCCAGAAACCUGAAGAGAAAAAACCACCCACACCCAAGAUUCCGAAGCGUUACGAUCCAAUGGCCUUUAUCCCGAGUAGCUCCGAAGAAGAUGAAGAAGAAGAGAUGGACACUGUUGAUGAAUUACAAAGAAUUAAGAGAAGGAAGACAAAAGUGCCGGAAAUUAAAGCACCUGAUGCACCCACGAUCGAAGUCAUUCGUGAGAAAACUCCGACUGGAGACAGUCGUAAGAGUUCUCUGAUCCCUGGAUCCGGCCCAUCUAGCCGGCGUGGCUCUCUUAUCCCGCCGCCGGAGGAAGGCCGUGGUAGAAGGCCAAGUCUUAUCAUAAGCGAUGAGGCAGGAAAAUUGCGGCCUGGUGAGGUUUUUGAUCCAAAGCGGCGAAGACCAAGCACUGAUACUCGAAGACCGAGUAUUCAGGAUAUGGAUAAUCUCAUUGACAAACCAUCCACACCGCUGAAGCCAUCUGGGCCCCCAGGUCCCCCUGCCAUAGUGGACGUUCAAGAAAGUUAUUCAGCUGUUGAAGAUCAAACUGGCUACAUAACUGUUCAGGUUGAAGGAAAUCCGGCGCCAGAUAUUAAAUUCUACAAGGGAAUGACUGAAAUUAUUGAUGGUGGUCGCUUCAAGUACUUGACCGACGGAGAAACCAAUUUGGUCACUCUUUGCAUUCGUAAGGUGAAGCCAAACGAUGAAGGAAAAUACAAAAUCGUUGCCAGCAAUAUUCAUGGAGAGGACUCAGCUGAAAUGCAGCUUUACGUUUCCGAUUCAAGUGGUAUGGACUUCCGUGCCAUGUUGAAGAAGAGGAAGUACGCGAAAUGGGGUAGAGACGAGAAUGAUCCCAACUACGAUGUUCUGAAAGAAACCGAGAAACCUGGACCAGCUCUCAAGAAAGUCGAGAAAAAAGUUGAAUCAUUCCUGAAGCCACUCAUUGAUCAAUAUGCCAAGGAAGGAAAAGACAAGAAAGUAACGUUUGAAGCUGUAUUCUCAAAGCCGAAUUCCAAGGCCAAAUGGUAUCUGAGAAAAGAUGAACUUUUCCCUGGAUCAAAAUACAAGAUGAAGUGUGAGGAAGACGUUUAUCAGCUGAUCAUCAGUAAUCCCAAAGUGGAGGACGCUGGAAAAUACACCGUAGAAAUUUGUGGAAUUAUGAAUACAGGAUACCUGAAUGUUGAUGAUCCUGACCCAACAUACCACUUCAUUACACCAUUGCCUAAACGAAGUGACGGUUUCACAAAGCAUGAGGUAGUAAUGGAGUGUACUGUAAAUAACAGCAUGGCAUUUGUGUCGUGGUUCAGGGGCACCACUAAGAUCACAGAAAAUGACAAAUACUCCAUGAUAAAAGAGCCGACUGGAGUUUGCAGACUUACAGUGAAGAACUGUGUCAUAGAAGACUCUGGAGAAUAUGCUUGUAAAAUUGACAAACAGGAUGAUAAGACAACGACUGGUCUCAAAGUUGUUGAAUAUCCUUAUAAGUUUGUCAAACUACUGAAGCAUCAACAACUAACUGAGCAUGAAACACUCACUUUAUACUGUGAGUUGGAUGAUGCUGCCGGUGACGUCACGUGGUAUAAGAACGGCGAGGAAGUUAAACCCGACAAGAGGGUGCAUGUUACCAAGGAGGGCCGAAAGAGGAAGAUUGUUAUCAAGGAUUCUAAAGUAACAGAUGCUGGAAUGUACAAAUGUUGCAGUAACUCUGACGAGACCGAAGCUGAAAUUGUAAUCAAAUACCAGAACAGACUCAACAAGAAACUGAAAGACACUACUGGCGUUGAAAGAGAGAAACUCAUUUUGGACAUUGAGUUGCAAGAUCAGACAGCUCCAGCUGAAUGGUUCUUCAAUGGAGAGCCGGUUAAAGAAUCCGACAGGGUGGAAAUCAAGAACUUGGGUGGUGGUAAACAUCAACUCAUCUUCCACAAGUUAGAGUUGGGAGACACUGGAGAAAUAAGCGUGAAAUCUGGGGAGCUGACUUCCAGUUGCCAGCUUGAGAUCAAGAAGGGUGAAGAGAGGCCUGUAAUCAACUUUGGUGACAGCGUUGAUGCUCCCGCUACAAAACCGAUUGUCUUCGAUGUUCCAUACAAAAUUGAGGGAACAAGACAGACACAAGUGGAAGCCAAACUUAUCAAGGACGGAAAGCCGCUGCCAUUGAAGGAUGUUGAAGUUGUGGUGUCGGAAGACAAGGCUACAUUCAACAUCAAGAAGCCAGCCAGAGCACAGAGUGGCAAGUACCAGAUCAAAAUAUCCAACGGUCAGGGUGAAGAUGUCAAGGAUAUCGAAAUCAACAUGCAAGAUGUUCCAAAUCCUCCACAGGACAUGGAAAUCACUGAUGUCUAUGCAACCAGAUGCAAGAUCUCUUGGAAGCACCCAGCAGACAAUGGUGGUGCUCCUAUCACACAGUACGUCAUUGAACACCAGGAUAUUGGUGUCAAAGGUGGUUGGCAUGUGGCUGGAGAAGCUCCUGGCACUGAUACAGUGUUCCACUGCACAGAGUUGGUCACAAAGAAAGAAUACAAGUUCAGAAUAAGAGCUGUGAACAAGAUCGGUUCAUCAGAGCCCACUCAAUACGGAAAAGCGAUUCUCGCCAAAGAUCCAUGGGAUGAACCCAGCAAGCCUCUCGACGUUGAGGUUGUUGAUUGGGACAAAGACCAUGCGGACAUCAAAUGGUCGAAACCAGAGGAUGAUGGUGGUGCACCCAUCACUGGCUAUGUUAUUGAGUACAAAGAGAAGUUUGGAAAAGAUUGGGUGGAAGGUAAGAGGAUUGAUGGUGAUGUAACGGCUGCAACCGUUGAUGGACUCAAAGAAGGUACUCAGUAUGAGUUCCGUGUCAGAGCCAUCAACAAGGCAGGACCUGGUGCUCCUAGUGAAACCACCAAACCGAUUAUUGCCAAGUGUCGGUUCGUGAAGCCAUUCAUCAUUGGAGAUGACUUGAUAAACUUGGUGGUGAAGAAAGGACAGGUUAUCAAGUACGAUAUCAAAUACGGUGGAGAGCCUGAGCCUGAAGUUAUGUGGCUGCUCAAUGGCAAUGAAAUCAAGGCUGAUGGUGAGAGGAUAACGUACGACAAGUACGAGAGAAACACUGUCAUCACAAUUAGGAGAUCAGUCAGAGCUGACAGUGGAAAGUAUGUGCUGCGCUUGACAAACAGCUCAGGUGUUUGCGAAGGUAAAGCUGAUGUUGUGGUACUGGAUAAACCUUCUCAGCCGUUGGGUCCGUUGGAGGCCGUGGAAGUACGCGCCAACCAUAUCACCAUCAAGUGGGACAGACCUGCAGAUAAUGGUGGAUCCGACAUCACUGGCUACGUGAUAGAGAAGAUGGACAUGGACACAGGUAGAUGGGUUCCUGCCGGCGAAACAGGACCCAACACCCCUGCCACUUUCAAACUUGAGAACCUCACACCGAAGAAGAAGUACAAGGUGAGAGUGAAGGCCGUGAACAAGGAGGGAGAAUCAGACCCUCUGGAAACUGAGGAAGCAAUUGUUGCCAAGAACCCAUACGACGAGCCCGGACGUCCAGGCAAGCCAGACAUCAUCGACUACGAUAACAAGAGUGUCACACUCAAGUGGAAGAAGCCAGACAGCGAUGGUGGACGUCCUAUUCUUCACUACGUCAUUGAAAUGAAGGACAAGUUCUCCACUGAUUGGACCGAAGUGACGAAAACCGAAGAUGCGUCAUGCGAUGGCAAAGUGGAGGAUUUGAAGGAGAGAAUGGUGUACCAGUUCAGAGUGAGAGCUGUGAACAAGGCGGGUGCUAGUGAGCCCAGUGAUCCCACCGACAACCACAUCUGUAAACAUCGCAACUUGAGACCAAGAAUCGAUCGAGAGGGAAUGAAGAAUGUUACGAUCAAAGCAGGCAGAACACAUAAAUGGACUGUCGAUGUAUCCGGUGAACCUCCUCCAACUCUGACAUGGACUGUUAGAGAUAACAUCGCGUUAGUCAACACUGAGAGAAUCAAGAUCGAGAAUGUUGACUAUCAGACAAACUUCUCCAUUAUUAAUGCCACCAGGCGUGAUACUGGAAAAUACACGCUACUUGCUGAGAACGAUUCAGGCAAAGAUCAAGAAAGCUUGGAAUUGACUGUCUUAUCCAAACCAAGCUCGCCUGAAGGUCCUCUACAAGUAUCCAAUGUAACAAAGACAGGAUGCAAACUGAAAUGGAAGAAACCAUCUGAUGAUGGAGGCACCCCUGUCAGGGAAUACGAAAUCGAGAAGUUGGAUUUGGCCACUGGAAAAUGGACUCGUGUUGGAAAGGUUCCUGGAGAUCGUGCCGAGCCUGAAAUGGUCAUCACUGGUUUGGAGCCAAAUGCUGAAUACAAAUUCCGCGUUACAGCUGUCAAUGAUGAAGGAGACUCAGAACCCUUGGUCACUGAUGGAACCAUCAUUGCCAAGAAUCCAUAUGACGAGCCCUCUAAGCCUGGAACACCUGAAAUUACUGACUACGAUAAUGAGAGUGUGAACCUGAAAUGGGCAGCACCUGAUAGUGAUGGCGGAGCUCCUAUUGAAAAGUACAUCAUUGAAAAGAAAGACAGGUUCAAGCCUGACUGGGAGCAUGCUGCCGAAGUACCAGGUGACAAGUUGGAUGCUAAGGUUCCCGAUUUGAAGGAAAGAGCCGAAUACCAGUUCCGUGUGAUAGCUGUGAACAAAGCUGGUCCAUCACCUGCAUCUGAUCCUACAAAGAUGCACAUCGUCAAACACAAAGCAUUGAAACCAAGGAUUGAUCGCACCAACCUCAAGAAUAUUGUAAUUCGUGCGGGUAAGAGUGUCAAGUAUGAUGUGAACAUCCGAGGUGAACCCCCUCCAACAGUCUCAUGGUUUUUGGCUGACAAAGAGGUAAGAUCCGAAGAAAAUAUUGAAAUUGUGAAUAUACCGUACAAUACAAAAAUAACAAUCAGUGAUGCUCUGAGGAAAAAUUCAGGACUCUACAGGAUUGUGGCUGAAAAUCCAUCAGGAAAAGACGAGGCUGAUGUCGAAGUAACUGUACUAUCUGCUCCGUCACGGCCUGUAGGACCUCUGAAAGUGAAAGAUGUCACGGCAAGCAGCGCCAAAUUGGAAUGGAAGAAGCCUGAAGACGAUGGUGGAAAACCGGUCACCGCGUACUCGGUCGAGAAACUGGACACAGCCACCGGAAGAUGGGUUCCUGUGGGAAGGACCAACGAACCCGAAAUGGAAGUCAAGGGUCUGCAAGAGGGCCACGAAUACCAGUUCCGUGUCAAGGCCAUCAAUGAGGAGGGCGAAAGUGAACCUCUUGAUACCGAGAGGGCGAUUCUUGCCAAGAAUCCUUAUGAUGUGGCUUCUAAGCCUGGCACACCUGAAUUCACGGACUGGGAUGUGGACAAGGUGGAGCUGAAGUGGACCCCUCCCAAGUCAAACGGAGGUGCUCCCAUCACUGGAUAUGUCAUUGAAAAGAAGGAGAAAUUCUCGGCGUCUUGGGAUGAAGUUCUCACAACCGAUACUCCUGCUACCACUGCUGUGGUGCCGGGAUUGAAGGAGGGAAACCAAUACCAAUUCAGAGUGCGAGCCGUGAACAAAGCUGGGCCAUCCGAGCCUAGCGACUCCACUAAACCAAUUAUUGCCAAAGCAAGAAACUUGAAACCUUGCAUCAACCGUGAGAAAUUGCAGAAGGUUGUGGUACGCGCUGGUCAAGCGGUGAAGUUCGAUGUUGAUGUGAAGGGUGAACCUCCUCCAACUAUUUCAUGGAUUUUCCAAAUGACGCCGUUGGAAAAUGGGCCGACAGUGAAGAUCGAGAACGAGGACUACAACACUAAGAUCGCCAUCACAGAAACUUCUCGCAAAGACACAGGAACUUACACCGUGAAAGCCGAGAACAUCAACGGUGUUGAUGAGGCUCCUGUUGAAGUGGUUAUUCUAGACAAACCAGGAGCACCGGAAGGCCCACUGGAGGUGACCGAUGUGCACAAGGAGGGCUGCAAACUGCACUGGGACAAACCCAAGGACGAUGGUGGCCUGCCGGUGACCGGCUACGUGAUCGAGAAGAUGGACACUGCCACCGGACGCUGGUUGCCGGCUGGCUUUGUCAAUGCCGACAAAACCGAGGCUGAUGUCACGGGACUCGAGCCAGGCAAGAAGUACCAGUUCAGGGUGAAGGCGGCCAAUGAGGAGGGAGAGGGUGAACCUCUGGAGACAUCAGCUGCUAUUCUCGCCAAGAAUCCAUACGAUGCUCCCGGCGCACCCGGUCUUCCUGAGAUUGCUGAUUACAAUGAGAACAUGGUCGAACUGAAAUGGGAGCCACCUUUCAGAGAUGGUGGAGCUCCUAUCACCGGCUACAUAAUUGAAAAGAAGGGCAGGUUCGACCCAGAUUUCACGAAGGCGGCUGAAGUAGUAGGCAACACUUGCAAGGGCAAAGUGCCCAACUUGGAAGAGGGAACCCAGUACCAGUUCCGCGUGAGAGCAGUCAACAAAGCCGGACCAGGAGAUGCCAGCGAGGCUACCAACCCACACACUGCCAAGCCACGUUUCAAGAAGCCAAGGAUCGAUCGCACCAACCUGCAGAACUUGGUAUUCAAAGUUGGUCACACCGCACUCAUCGAUGUCAAUGUAUCGGGAGAACCUCCUCCAACAUGUGUUUGGACAUUCAAAGACAGGGAGUUGCAAACUGAUGAUACCUUCAGAAUUGACAACGUUGAUUAUAAUACCAAGCUGUUGAUGAUGAAGGCCAGUCGUAAAGAAAGUGGGAAAUACACUCUCACCGCUACUAACUCUGUCGGAAAAGACGAGGCUGAAAUUGACAUCACAGUUCUUGGAAAACCAUCAAGACCAGUGGGGCCACUGGAAGUGGCUGACGUGACGAAGAACGGCUGUAAACUGAAGUGGAAGAAGCCAGAAGACGACGGUGGCUCUCCAAUAGAAUAUUACGAGUUGGAGAAACUCGAUCCUCACACGGGACAAUGGAUUCCAUGUGGAAAGUCAGUAGAGCCCGAAGCUAACAUCACUGGUCUCCAGGAGGGUAAACCAUACAAGUUCCGGGUACGAGCUGUCAACAAGGAAGGCGAGUCUGAAGAACUGGAAACUGCGCAGACUAUUAUCGCCAAGAAUCCAUUCGACGAGCCAACCAAACCAGGACGUCCCGAACCCAAGAACUGGGACAAGGACUUUGUGGAUCUGGAAUGGACCGAACCUAAGAGCGAUGGUGGUGCUCCUAUCGAGAAGUACAUCGUGCAGAUGAGAGACAAGGACGACAGGCAGUGGGAAGAUGUGCUGACUGUGCCUGGUGAUAAGACUGCCGGCAAAGUGACAGCUGUGAAGGAAGGCCAUGAAUAUGAGUUCAGAGUGGUUGCUGUGAACAAGGCUGGACCCAGUCCCCCCAGCGAUGUGUCCAAGUCGGUUGUUGCCAAGCCAAGAUUCUUGGCUCCAUGGAUCGAUCGCAAAAAUCUUCAACAGAAAGUGAUUCGAAGUGGCCAGCUGUUGAGGAUAGAGGCUGAUGUAAGAGGUGAACCUCCUCCAGUAAUCACAUGGACUCUGAAGGGUGACGUUAUCAAGUCUGGAGAUCGACUGAAAAUUGAAAAUGAGGACUACAAAACCACCUUCAUCCUCCAGAAGGCUAAGAGAGCUGACACUGGAAUUUAUACUGUAACUGCAAAGAAUGAUUCGGGAGUCGACUCAGUUGAAGUUGAUAUCACAGUCAUGAGUUCACCAAGCAAACCAGAAGGACCUCUGAAGGUAUCCGAUGUGACAGCCAAUGGCUGUAAAUUGAAAUGGGACAAGCCAGAGGAUGACGGAGGUCAGCCGAUUGAGCAUUAUCUGGUCGAAAGAAUGGACCUUGAAUCUGGAAGAUGGGUUCCGGUCACCACAACCAAGACACCAGAAGUUGAUGUCACAGGUUUGCAUGAAGGCAAAGAAUAUACAUUCCGUGUCAAAGCUGUGAAUCCAGAGGGAGAAUCUGAGCCUCUUGAAGCCGAUGCUUCCAUAGUUGCUAAGAAUCCAUUCAAUGAGCCUGACAAGCCUGGAAAGCCGUACGGAAAAGACUGGGACAAACACUCAGUCCUGUUGAAGUGGGCCCCUCCAGCCAGCGAUGGCGGCGCCCCUAUCUCCUCCUACAUCAUCGAGAAGAAAGAUCAGUACAGCUCGAAAUGGCAGAAAGGUGUCGAGCUUAUUGGCAACAAGUGCGAAGGACGAGUUCCCGAUCUCAUUGAAGGCAUGAAGUACACAUUCCGUGUCAUCGCUGUCAACAAGGGAGGACAGAGUAAACCUAGUGAGCCAAGUGAUCCAAUCACUUGCAAGGACAGAUAUGUUCCUCCAAGGAUCGAUCGCAGCACUUUGAAGGACAUCGUUCUGAAAGAAGGCCAACACCUGAAGCUGGAUGUGAAGAUCACCGGUGAGCCGCCUCCAACCAAGAUUUGGUUCAGAAAUAAGGCGCGUCUCGAUGCAGACGACACUGUUAACCUCGAAUACGAGGACUACAAGACCAAGUUGUCCAUUGGAAGUGUCACCAGGAAACACACUGGAACGUACACCAUCAAGGCCGAGAAUGAUUCUGGCAAAGAUGAGGCUUCUAUUGAGAUCACAGUACUUGCCAAACCAAGCAAACCUGUUGGACCAUUGAAGAUCUCCGAUGUCCAUAAGGAAGGCUGUAAUCUCAAGUGGAGUCCUCCUGAAGAUGAUGGUGGAAGUCCAAUUGAUCAUUAUCUUGUUGAAAAAAUGGACGUUGAAACUGGUCGUUGGGUCCCCGCUGGUCGUUCAAAAGAACCGAAACUGGCUGUGGAAAAUCUAGUACCAGGUCAAGAAUACAAAUUCAGAGUGAUGGCUGUGAAUAAUGAAGGUGAAUCGGAACCAUUGGAUGCCGAAACUACUAUCGUUGCCAAGAAUCCAUUCGACGAACCUGGUGCACCCGACACGCCUGACAUUGUCGACUGGGAUAAGAACCACGUGGACCUGAAAUGGUUGCCUCCCACCAACGACGGUGGAGCACCAAUCACAGGCUACGUCAUCGAGAAGAGAGAGAAGGGAAGUCCCAAGUGGACCAAGGCCAUGGAUCUGCACACUCCCGACACAAAAGCCAAGGUCGAGGAUCUUGACGAGGGAGUUGAGUAUGAGUUCAGGGUGAGGGCUGUCAACGAGGCUGGACCUGGAGAACCCAGUGGUACCAGCAAGUCUGUUCUCACCAAACCCAGGAAAUUGGCACCAAAGAUCGAUAAGCGCAACUUGAAGAACUUGACCGUGAGAGAAGGAGAACCAAUCUUACUCGAUGCCAAGGUCAUUGGUGAGCCUCCCCCAGAUAUUCAAUGGACACUCAACAGCAAACCCAUCAGCAGCUAUGGUGAACGAGAGAUCGAUGUCACUCCAAAUUAUACCAAAUUCUCUCACCAGAAUCCAGAACGGAAAGAUACUGGUACCUAUGAGAUCACUGCUACCAACAAAUACGGAACAGAUACUGCAACUGUUGAGAUCACUGUUGUUUCGAAACCAGGCAAACCCGAAGGCCCAUUGGAAGUCAGUGACGUUCACAAAGAUGGUUGCUCUCUGAAAUGGAAGAAACCCAAAGAUGAUGGUGGUGAGCCGAUAGAAAACUAUUUGGUUGAGAAGUACGACCCAGACAAUGGCAUUUGGUUGCCGGUUGGCAGGUCCAAGGAGCCUGAAAUGGAUGUGACAGGUCUCAUACCCGGCCACGAGUACAAAUUUAGAGUGAAAGCUUGCAACAAGGAAGGUGAUUCCGAGCCUCUUGAGACAUUCACUUCGAUCAUCGCUAAAGAUCCUCACUCUCCUCCAAGUUCACCAGGAGCACCUGAAGUGGUUGAUUGGAGUCAGAACCAUGCUGAUCUCGUAUGGAAGGAGCCUGAGUCUGAUGGUGGAUCUCCAAUUACUGGAUACAUCAUUGAGAAGAAAGAUAAAUACGGAGGAAUUUGGGAGAAGGCCCUUGAAACAUCAGGCCCCACUCCUCAAGCCGUGGUCAGUGGUCUGGUUGAGGGUAACGAUUAUCAAUUCAGAGUGAUCGCCGUCAACAAACCAGGACAGAGUGAGCCUGGAGAUGCCUCUAAGACCUUUACAGCCAAACCAAGAUAUUUGGCCCCAAGAAUUGACAGGAAGAACCUGCGGGAUGUGGUUUUGUCAGCUGGCACAACAUUGAAGUUUGAUGCGAACGUCACUGGUGAACCAGCUCCCCACGUCGAGUGGCGUGUCGGAGGUAUUCCUCUCAAGACUGGAAAGAACGUUCAGGUUGACAACCCUGAUUAUUAUACCAAGCUUGUGAUUCGACCAGUUGCAAGAGGAGACUCGGGAGAGUACAUUGUUACAGCAACUAAUAGUUCUGGAAAGGACUCGGUCACUGUCGAAGUGAUUGUCACUGACAAGCCCACUCCACCUGAAGGUCCACUUCAGGUAUCAGACAUCCAUAAAGAGGGAUGUAAGCUGAAGUGGAAACGACCAAAGGAUGACGGCGGUACUCCAAUUGAAUAUUACCAAGUUGACAGAUUUGAGCCCAACAAGUGUAUGUGGAUACCUUGUGGCCGCUCAACUGAACCAACAAUGGAAGUAACUGGUUUGACACCUGACAGCGAAUAUAAAUUCCGUGUAGCUGCUGUCAACGCGGAAGGUGAAUCAGAGCCACUUGAAACUCUUGAAACAAUCGUUGCAAAGAAUCCAUUCGAUGAACCCGGAAAACCAGGACACCUGGUCGCCACUGACUGGGACUCAGACCAUGUUGACCUCAAAUGGGAUCCACCAAAAACUGAUGGUGGCUCUCCCAUCACUGGCUAUAUAGUCGAAGUGAAGGACAAGUUUGGAAACUGGGAAAAGGCUGCUGUUGUUCCGGCAACUCAGCUCGAUGUUACGGUUCCAAACCUCACCAAAGGAGAACCAUACGUGUUCCAGGUGCGAGCAGUGAAUGCUGCGGGUCCUGGUGAACCCAGUGAUCCCACUCCAACAAUCAUUGCCAAACCAAGAAACCAGGCUCCCAAGAUUGAUAGAACAAAUCUCAUUGAUGUGCGUAUCAAGGCUGGACAAAGCUUCAACUUCGAUGUCAAAGUUAGUGGAGAACCUAUUCCAACAACCAAAUGGUUGCUGGGCAGGAAGGAAGUGAGACCUGGUGACAAGAUAAAGGUACAGCAUGCUGAUUACAACACAAAACUGAGCGUUCGUAUGGCUACUCGUGCCGAUUCUGGUGAAUACACUGUAACUGCUGAGAACGUGAACGGUACCGAUAUUGCCGAAGUCAAGGUCACAGUAAUUGAUAGACCAGAUCCACCAAGAGGCCCGUUGAAGGUGUCUGACAUCACUGCGGAAGGAUGCAAACUCACAUGGAAACCACCAGAAGAUGAUGGUGGACAACCCAUUGAAAACUAUGUGAUUGAGAAAGUGGAUGAAGCCACAGGUCGAUGGGUACCUGCUGGAGAAACAAUCGGACCGGAAACGUCAUUAGAUAUUGCUGGUCUUACACCAAACCAUAAAUACAAAUUCCGCGUGAGAGCUGUGAACAAGCAAGGCAAAUCUGACCCUCUCACCACUCCUCAAGCUAUUGAGGCAAAGAAUCCAUUCGAUGAACCAGGCAAACCUGGAACACCAGAAAUCGUCGACUAUGAUACAGACUUUGUACAACUCCAAUGGGCUAGACCUGAGAAAGAUGGAGGCUCUCCUGUCACAGGUUAUAUCAUUGAGAAGCGAGAAAAGUUCAGCCCAAGUUGGGAGAAGUGUGCUGAAGUUGAAGGAGACGUGACCAAGGGUACUGUGCCAGACCUUGUGGCCGGAAACCAGUAUGAAUUCAGAGUGAAAGCUGUGAACAAGGCGGGACCUGGUGAAGCUAGUGAUGCCACCAAGCCUCACAUUGCUAGACCAAAGAAGUUGGCACCACAUAUUGACAGGAAUGCCAUGAUUGACAUCAAGGUACGUGCUGGUCUUACCUUUGAAUUGGACGUUCCUGUAACUGGUGAACCUCCUCCAGUCAAGGAAUGGAUCCACAAGGACAAUAUGGUUCUGAACACAGACAGAAUUAAGGUCACAAACGAGGAUUACAGAACUAAGAUUCAUGUGAUCGACGCUAAGAGAGGAGAUAGUGGAAAAUACACUUUGACAGCUAAGAACAUGAAUGGAACAGAUACUGCCUCUGUUACCAUCACAGUUCUAGAUAUUCCUCAGCCACCUGAAGGACCUCUCCAGACUUCUAACAUCACAAAAUCAUCAUGUACCAUACAGUGGCGUCCUCCUAAAGAUGACGGAGGCUCUGACAUCACUCAUUAUGCCAUUGAGAAACAGGAUUCAGAAUCGAUGAGAUGGGUUCCUGUAGGAGAAGUUUCGGGUACUCAUAUGAGGGUUGACCAUCUCAUUGAGGGACACGACUAUAAUUUCCGUGUGAAGGCUGUCAACAAGCUGGGUGAUUCAUUGCCUCUCACUGGACAGAAUCCCAUCACUGCUAAGGAUCCUUAUGGAAAGCCAGAGAAGCCUGGAACACCUCAAGCCACCGACUGGGGUAAGAACUUCGUCGACCUCGAAUGGAACCCACCAAAGAGGGAUGGAGGCUCUCCAAUUACGUCCUACAUUAUUGAAAUGAGGCCCAAGUUUGGAACAUGGGAGAAAGCUCUUGAUGUAGCCGGAACAGUAACUAAGACCAGGAUUCCAGAUCUAACUGAAAACGAGGAAUAUGAAUUCAGAGUGAUUGCUGUGAAUAAGGGUGGUCAGUCAGAGCCAAGUGACGCAUCACUGCCAGUCAUCACCAAGCCUCGAUUUGUGGCUCCUGAGAUUGACUUGCUCGCCCUUCAAGAUCUGAUUGUGACGGCUGGACAGAAAAUCAGCUACACGAUUCCGAUCGAAGGAUCGCCGAAGCCAACUGCCAAGUGGUCACUCAAUGGAUCACCCAUUCCAGGCGAUGGCCGCGCUGAUAUCAGAACGUUCAGCAAUCAGACUCUGUUCGAAAUUCCGUUCUCUGUACGAUCUGACACCGGACGUUACACUCUCACACUGGAGAACAGUUUGGGAAUUGCAUCAGCUUCGGCAACCGUUACUGUCAUUGACAAGCCAUCUCCUCCUGAGGGACCACUGGAGGUGACCAAUGUGAGCAAAGAGAGCUGCAGAUUAUCGUGGAGAGUGCCCGUGGAUGACGGUGGCUCACCGAUCCUGCACUAUGUCAUUGAAAAGAUGGAUCUGUCACGUGGUACGUGGUCGGACGCUGGAAUGGCGCCAGUUUUAAAUCAUGAAGUGGUGCGUUUGGUGCAUCGCAAGGAGUAUCUGUUCAGAGUGAGGGCUGUCAACAGCGUUGGAGAGUCGGAACCUUUGGAGCUCACCAAACCAGUUAUCGCCAGAAACGAAUUUGACGAGCCUGAAGCUCCAGAGAAGCCAGUCGUAACAGAUUGGGAUGAAGAUCAUGCCGAUAUUGCUUGGGUUAAGCCCAAAUCGGACGGCGGAUCUCCUAUCACAGAGUACAUUAUUCAAAAGAAGGAGAAGGGCAGUCCCUAUUGGGUUAAUGCUGUUACUGUACCCGCUGCUCAAACAUCUGUAAGUAUUCUUCAAUUUAUCCUACAAAUAACAUUUGUUAAACCACAAAAUAUUUCAAUAACAUUGAUAAAUUCCAAAAAUUUGAAAGCAAUCUUUUUCUUCAUAGUGAAUAAACACAAUAUGGCACCAAAGAUCAAGACACCAUUGAAGGACAUUGUGCUGAAGGCCGGCACUAUCCUGCACGUAGAAAUCGACUUUGUCGGUGAGCCACCUCCAGAAGUGGUCUGGACGGCGUCCAGAGACGAGGGUAGCCGCGAAGUGACAACCGACGCUAGAACCACGGUCACUUCGAUCGGUUACCACACGAUCAUCCACACAGUCAACACGAGACGUUCGGACAGCGGCUCCUACCAUCUGUUGCUAAGGAACAGUUCCGGAACGGACGAGGGAUCAUUCCAGAUAACAGUUCUCGACCGUCCGGGACCACCGGGAGAACCUCUUGAGUACGAGGAGAUUACAGCUUCCAGUGUCACUCUGAGCUGGCAGCCACCUAAAGAUAACGGAGGCAGUGAGAUAACCGGUUACGUGAUUGAGAAGCGUGAUCUGUCCCAUGGAGGUGGAUGGGUGCCUGCCCUAAACCAUGUCAAGCCGGGUGUCAGUCAUGCUACCGUUCCGAGACUGUUGGAGGGUACCAAGUAUGAGUUCAGAGUGAUGGCUGAGAAUCUCCAGGGACGUUCUGAGCCGAUUACAACAACGAAACCGAUUGUUGCCAAGAAUCAGUUCGACGUUCCUGGCAAACCUGGUAAGCCUGAAGCAACAGAUGUGCACAAAGAUCACAUCAAACUGAAGUGGACCUCGCCCAUUAGCAAUGGUGGCUCACCAAUUAUUGGAUAUGACAUUGAACGUUGCGACAAGUCCACUGGACGUUGGGUUAAGAUCAACAAGGAACCUUGUCGAGUAAGUUCACAUUUCUUCCAUUAGUUUCUCUUGGAAUUUUUGGAACACUGGAACAUAUCCACAACAAUGCAAAUCAAGAUUCUUGAGUCUUGUCGCUAAUGAUGUUAAUAUCUGUUUUCCAUCACUCUAGAAAAACCAAAACUAUUCUUGGAUGGAAUUAUUGGCAAGAAGAUCAAGGUCCGUGCUGGAGAACCCAUUAUUAUCAACAUUCCAUUAUCUGGUGCUCCCACUCCAAAGAUUGAAUGGACCGUUGACAGCGGCAAGCUCCCAGUUACCCAUAGAUUGACUGAGGAUACCACAGCCAAUGUAACCAAACUCCGUAUUGAGAACUCAGUACGUUCAGACUCUGGAAUUUACACAGUGAAAGCAUACAACGAGCAUGGAAAAGACUCGGCUGAUAUUGAGGUUACAGUAGUAAGCAGACCUAUGAUGCCAAAUGGUCCUCUUGUCUACACUGGAGUUACACCUAUUGAAAUGUUUGAAAUGGCACGUUCUCAUGUGGACUUUAAUAAUUUAUCAAUUUUAGGCUACAUUGUGGAGAUGAGUGAAGCAGGAACAGACAGCUGGAAGCCCGUGCCAGGCUUCUGCCCGAAGACAUCUUUCACGGUAAAGGGCUUGACCGAAGGCAAAAAGUACAUCUUCAGAGUGAAGGCAGAGAACAUCUACGGUGUAUCAGAUCCUCUGGAAGGCAAGCCAGUUACGGCCAAGAGUCCGUUCGAUCCUCCAGAUGCUCCAGGACAACCAGAAAUCAUGGAGUACACUCCGAACUCUUGCACUCUUACCUGGACACCUCCCACCAACUCUGGAGGCAGACCGGUUACAGGUUACUAUGUUGAGAAGAAGGAGCGCGGAGGUGAGUGGCUGAGAGCCAACAAUUACCCGACUCCCAACACAAUGUUCACAGUUCACGAUCUGCGUGAAGGAUCUCGUUACGAGUUCAGAGUGGUCGCUGUCAACGAAGCUGGGCCAGGAAAGCCUAGCAAGCCCUCCGAAUCCAUCACUGCUUCUGAGCAGAAACGUAGACCAGAUGCCCCAGAACCACCCAAAGCUGACAGAAUCACGAAAGACAGCGUCACGUUGUCAUGGAGACCACCACGUCAUGAUGGAGGUUCUAAGAUCAGGGGAUACAUUCUCCAGAAAAAGAAGAAGGGAGAUGCCGAUUGGUCAGAUGUGAACGAUACACCAGUACCAAACUGCCUCUACACUGUACCCAACUUGAAGGAGGGUGACGAGUAUAACUUCAGGGUGAAGGCCGUGAAUGAUGUGGGUAUUUCCGAGCCUAGCCGAACAAGUCAGAACAUCUUGAUCGAGGAACAGCCCAACAAGCCAGUCAUGGAUCUUGGAGGUGUCAGAGAUAUCACGGUUCGUGCCGGGGAAGAUUUCUCGAUUCAUGUGCCUUUCACCGCUUUCCCUGCGCCCAUUGCAUCAUGGUUCAUGAACGAUGCCAUUAUGGACGAAGAUGACCGAAGGAUACAUAAACAGCUCACUGAAAACGAAGCCAGUCUCAUCGUUAAGAACUCGAAACGUACAGACCAAGGUCAAUACAGACUGCAGCUGAAGAAUCAAUCUGGUUUCGACACUGCCACUAUUUAUGUGAAGGUGCUAGACCGACCAUCGCCUCCUCUCAACCUCCACGCCGAUGAAUUCUCUGGUGAAGCGCUCACUUUGUACUGGAAUCCACCUAAAAAUAAUGGAGGAUCAGAGGUUACUAACUACGUCAUUGAGAAAUGUGACUCAGAAUCAUCAGCCUGGUCUAAAGUCAGCAGCUACUGCACAACUCCAUUCAUCAGAGUACGUAACCUGGUUGUGGGACAUAGCUAUGAGUUCCAAGUAUGUGCUGAGAACAAGUAUGGAACAUCCGAUCCAGCCACUACGGUCGAUCCUAUCAAGGCGAGACAUCCAUUUGAUCCGCCUAGCGCUCCCGGAGCUCCCCGAGGAAUCGACUCGACCGAAGACUCGAUCACAAUCGCUUGGACGAAGCCAAGGAACGAUGGUGGAUCCCCCAUCACCUUCUAUGUCAUCGAGAAGCGACUCAUUAGUGAAGACAAGUGGACAAAAGCCACACAAGCGCACAUUCCUGAUCUCAACUGCAAGAUUCCAAACCUUCUGGACAAUCACGAAUACGAGUUUAGAGUGGCAGCUUGCAAUGCCGCUGGACAAGGACCUUGGAGUUCUUCGUCUGACAUCAUUUGGUGUCGCUCACCACCAUGUGCUCCGAAGAUCACAAGUGACCUGAGCAUCAGAGACAUGACCGUGAUCGCUGGCGAAGAAUUCACCAUCACCGUUCCUUUCACUGGCCACCCAACACCCAAACCCAUCUGGUCCAUCAACAGUGAAGAGGUGAUUCCCGAUCAGCGCAUCAAGUUCGAAACGUCCGAAACUCAGACUGUGUUCAGGAACAAGUGCGCCAAGAGAGCAACCGAUUCUGGAGCUUACACCAUUCAGCUGUUCAACACAGUCGGCUCUGACAGUGCAUCUUGCAAAGUCAUCGUUGUUGAUAAGCCUCUUCCACCUCAGGGACCAUUGGAUGUGUCCGACAUUACUCCAGAGUCUUGCUCGUUGUCUUGGAAACCACCGCUUGAUGAUGGCGGCUCUCCCAUCACCAAUUACGUUGUCGAGAAAGUUGACGUCCCGUCUGGUGUAUGGACGAAGAUGAGCAGUUUUGUCAGAAGCUGUCAUUACGAUGUGAUUGGUCUGGAACCUGGAAGGAAGUACAACUUCAGGGUGAAAGCAGAAAAUCAGUACGGCAUUUCGGAGCCAAUCGAGAUGGUCACUCCCAUUGUGGCCAAAUUCCCAUUCACAGUUCCCGAUCCUCCUGGACAUCCUCAGAUCACCGACUGGGACACCAGCAAUUGCACACUCGCCUGGGAAAGGCCUGUGCAUGAUGGUGGAUCCAAGAUUCAAGGCUACAAAGUUGAAUACAGGGAUGUUGCUGAAGAUCCUCAGUGGCGUGUAGCCAAUGACUACCUAAUUAAGGAGACACACUACAUCGCCCACAGUCUACUUGCUGGUCAUACUUACGAAUUCAGAAUACGCGCAAAGAAUGCAGCUGGUUUCAGUAAACCAUCAUCACCUUCUUCACCAUUCAAAAUGCGCGGAAAAGCGAAGGUGCCUUCUGCUCCCGGAACGCCCACCGUCACCAAGGUCGGUAAGACCUACGCUGAUCUCAAAUGGCAGGCUCCAGUCUCCGAUGGUGGCAGCAAGAUCACUGGCUACAUCGUCGAGAAGAGAGAAAUGGGCAGUGCUCUCUGGCACAAGAGCAACGACUACAACAUCACUGACUGUGAAUUCACCGCUAUGAACUUGAUUGAGAAUGCAGACUACGAAUUCAGAGUAUUCGCUGUGAACUCAGCUGGUAAGAGUGAGCCAAGCUCAUGUACCACACCGAUCAAGAUCUGUGAGACAGAAGGAGGAGAGAAGCCCGACUUCGUUCAGCCUCUACCAAUCAACCAAGCCAUUCCUCUUGGCAAGACAAUCACCCUCCAGUGCGAAGCAACUGGAAAACCAGAACCCACCGGACGCUGGUUGAAGAAUGGAAGAGAAAUCUUGAUGGGAUUGAGAUUCACUUCGGAGACAGCUGGAACUGUUUUCAGGCUGCACAUAACCGACGUCAUCGACUCAGAUGAUGGUGAAUACACAUGUGAAGCAUCCAACUCGGUUGGAUAUGCUAGAACUACUUGCCGAAUCAAAAUCGGCAAUCCUCCUCACAUUGAUAGGAUACCUGAUGUACUGUAUCUGCCUGAAGGCGACAACACUAAGAUCAAAAUACUGUAUAGUGGUGAUUUGCCAAUGGAUGUCAAACUAUCAAAGGAAGGAAGAGAUGUAGAAGAGUCAGAACACAUCAAGUACAGCAUAUUUGACGAUUAUAUUAUCAUUUUCAUCAAAGAAAUCAAGAAAGAUGAUGCUGGCUCAUACACUUUGACAUGUAAAAAUGCAAGUGGCAGUGUUCAAGGAACGUAUCAGAUAUUCAUUACUGGUAUUCCAGGCCCUCCGAUCGGCCCACUCGCUGUUUCAGAGAUCACAAAGCACACUUGUGUUUUGAACUGGCAUGCACCCAAGUACGAUGGUGGCCUUCGUAUCACUCAUUACGUUGUUGAAAGGCGCGACAUCAACAGCAACUACUGGAUAUGCAUUUCAACAACAUGCAAAGAAACAUCCUUCAUCGUACAAGGUCUUACUGAAGGAAACGAAUAUCUAUUUAGAGUGAUGGCUGUUAAUGACAAUGGAAUGAGUCUGCCAUUGGAAGGCCUCAAUCCAGUGAGAGCCAAGGCUCCAUUUGACAAGCCCUCACCACCAGGUAUACCUAAGAUCACAGAAGUUGGAGGAGACUUUGUCAACCUCAGCUGGGACAGGCCUGAGGAUGACGGAGGAGCUAGAAUCCAGGGCUACUGGAUAGACAAGAAGGAAGUUGGAUCAGAUGCUUGGCAGAGAGUCAAUCAAGGAAUAUGUCCUCCAACACAGAUCAACAUUUCAAAUCUGAUUGAAGGACGACAAUACGAAUUCAGAGUGUUUGCUCAGAAUGAAGCAGGCAUCAGUCUGCCGUCUUCAGCGUCUGGAUCAGUCAAGAUUGUCGAUCCUCAUUCGCCAACACCACCAGAAAUAGUGAGACCCCUGAGAAACGCUAAUGCAAUCCAGAAUCACACAACACAAUUCCAAUGUGAAAUCUCUGGUGUGCCCAGGCCAACCAUCACAUGGUACAAGGGAGCCAGAGAAAUUACACCAGGAGCUCGUCAUAACAUGUUCGCAGAGGGUGACGUGUACACUCUUGUCAUCAAUAACGUUUACAUUGCUGAUGCCGAUGAAUAUGUUUGUCGAGCAAGCAAUAAGGGUGGUGUGAAAUCAACACGCGCCGAACUCAUAAUAAUGACUGCUCCCAAGCUCAAUGUUCCACCAAGGUUCAAGGACACAGCAUUCUUCGACAAGGGUGAGAACGUUGUUAUCAAAAUACCAUUCACUGGUUACCCCAAACCGAAAAUCAACUGGUACAGGGAUUCAGAACACAUUGAAUCUGGUGGUCAUUACCAUGUUGAAGUGAAGGAGAGGCACGCUAUCUUGACAAUCAGCGAUGCUAGUAAGAUUGAUGACGGCUCAUACAAAGUGGUGGCUGAGAACGAUCAAGGAGUUGAUCAAGCUGUGAUCAAGAUUCAGAUCAGCGAUCAUCCAGAUCCUCCUCGCUACCCAGUUGUUGACAGCAUUGGUCAAGACUCGCUGGCUCUUUCGUGGACUGCUCCAUCGUGGGAUGGUGGCAGCAAUAUCACUCAUUACCUGGUUGAAAAGAGAGAGCAUCCAAUGACCAGCUGGAUCCGAGUUGGAAAUACUCGCUUCACAACAAUGGCAGUCACCGGGCUAAGUCCAGGCCAUCAGUACGAGUUCAGGGUGUAUGCUGAGAACGUCUAUGGCCGCAGUGCACCAAGUGACGUCACCGACCUCAUCACUACUAAGGACUCUGGCAAGAAGGUUGUCAAGAAGAAGAAGUACGAACUCGAUGCCCGUGGCAAGAAGAUCCGUGGAAAGGCUGAUGACAAAGUCGACGAUUAUGAUAAAUUUGUUUUCGACAUUUAUUCGAAAUACGUGCCACAGCCAGUUGAUAUAAAGACAGAUUCCAUCUACGACUACUACGACAUCCUGGAAGAGAUCGGAACAGGAGCUUUCGGAGUGGUGCACCGUUGUCGCGAGAGGAAGUCUGGCAACAUCUUCGCUGCCAAAUUCAUUCCUGUUUCGCAUGCCAUGGAGAAAGAACUAAUCAGGAAGGAAAUUGAUAUCAUGAACCAACUGCAUCAUCCUAAGCUCAUCAAUCUGCAUGAUGCGUUCGAGGAUGAUGAUGAGAUGGUCCUGGUAUUUGAGUUCUUGUCUGGAGGUGAAUUGUUCGAAAGAAUAACUGCUGAAGGAUACACAAUGUCUGAAGCAGAGGUGAUUAACUACAUGCGACAGAUUUGUGAGGCUAUCCGACAUAUGCAUGAGAAGAACAUCAUUCAUUUAGAUAUCAAACCCGAAAACAUCAUGUGCCAGACCAAACACAGCACCAACGUGAAACUGAUUGACUUCGGCUUGGCAACCAAGCUGGAUCCAAAUGAAGUGGUGAAGAUAUCGACGGGAACAGCUGAGUUUGCAGCGCCAGAAAUAGUCGAGCGAGAGCCAGUCGGCUUCUACACGGACAUGUGGGCUGUUGGUGUGCUGGCCUACGUUCUGCUCAGCGGUCUGUCUCCAUUCGCUGGGGACAACGAUGUUGAGACACUCAAGAACGUUAAAGCCUGUGAUUGGGACUUCGACGAAGAGGCCUUCGCUAAUGUGUCAGCCGAAGGAAAAGAUUUCAUCAAGAGGCUGCUAGUGAAGAACAAAGAGAAACGAAUGACGGCGCAUGAAUGUCUACUACAUUCCUGGCUGACCGGUGACCACAGUGACCGAUCGGCUGCUAUCAAGUCUUCAUGCUACACCAACAUACGCAACAAGAUCAGGAUGAAGUACGAGGACUGGGACUCGUUCUCUGUUCCUAUUGGUCGUCUGUCCGAGUACAGUGCACUGCGUAAACUGCAUCUCGACAAAUACAGGAUACACGACACAUCGUUCGAUCGUAGACAAGCCGCGCCGAGAUUCGUUAUCAAGCCUACUUCAGCAUUCGCUUACGAAGGCCAGAGCGUCAAGUUCUAUUGUAGGGUUAUCGCAAUUGCAACACCCACGUUAUCGUGGUACCAUAACAACCAGGAGUUGAGACAGAGUGUGAAAUUCAUGAAGCGCUAUGCCCAGGACGAUUACACCUUCGUAAUAAACCGUGUCAAAUGUGAGGACCGAGGAGAGUACAUCAUACGUGCGGAGAACCAUUAUGGAUUCAGGGAAGAAGUGGUCUUCCUCAACGUUCAACCUCUACCUAAGGUACAGCCACCGGCCUACAAGCAACCAGAGGCUCAGCCGAUCAGACGCAGAGAGCCACUGGCUUUCAGCUUCUGGAUUGAAGAACGUGAAAGUGCGCCGUGCUUUACAUUCCUUCUGCGACCUCGAGUCAUGCAGUGUCGUCAAACUUGCAAACUGCUCUGUUGUUUGUCUGGAAAACCGUUCCCGACUGUGAAAUGGUUCAAGGGAUCCAAGGAACUGAAUAAGCACGAAUACAACAUGUCACACUCGGACGGUGUGGUCACCAUGGAAAUAGUCGAUUGCAAACCAGAAGAUUCAGGAAAAUAUCAAUGUGUGGCGACCAAUAAACACGGACAGGAUGAGACUAGCUGUGUUGUGAUUGUUGAAGGAUUUGGUGAGACUGAGGAGCAAGCCACAUUGGCUCAUAAUUACAUGUAUUCUGGAGGUAAUAAAAAUUCCUUUUUAAAAUCAUUAUUCCUCAUCAGACAAGACAUUCAUUUGUGGAUGAAGUCAUACAUCGAAUCGUUUAUUCCAUUCCAUUUAAUUUUUAUUCCUUUCUUCAAACACUCAUUUACAAGUUUUAUUCAUCCAACUCCAUACUAUUUAAUAUUUAUUUUGCAGACAAGUGGAGGUGCCGAUAAGAAGCCGAAGAAGUAUGGAAUGAACAAAUCGUCUUACGAUGCAUCGAGUCCUUCCAGAUCUAGAAGUGCCACCAAAGAGUUGGUACUUCCGCCAGAUGACUCCAUGUGUCCCCCGGAGAUCACCAACAAACUACCUCUCACCAUUAUUGUCAAUGACGGCGAGUCAUUAGACUUGAGCUGUACUAUCAGAGGAGAUCCAGAACCUCGUGUCACGUGGCUCAAGAAUGGACAAGUUCUCACCUCAUCGAACGUAGUUGAUCUCAAAUACAGAAACGGAAUUGCAUCUUUGAGGAUAACUGAAAUCUAUCCCGAAGACGAGGGAGAAUACAUUUGUAGAGCAUCCAAUUCUCUCGGGCAGACCGAAACCAAAUGUAUUCUAACUGUCAAAAUUCCUCCAAGCAGUAAAAUGCAGACUCAAGUGUCAAGCGAUGGGCCCGAUGUGGCUCCAAGAAUAGUCAGCCACUUGACAUCCCAAUUCGUAAAGGAUGGUGACCCAGUAGUACUGGCUGUUCGAAUCAUAGGUGCUCAAAAGUUCGAUGUAGUCUGGCUGCACAACAACAAAGAAAUAAAGCCAAGCAAAGACUUCCAAUACACCAGCGAAGCCAACAUAUAUAAACUCAAUAUAGUCGAAAUUUUCCCUGAAGACUCUGGCAUUUACACUUGUGAAGCCUUUAACGAUGUUGGAGAAUCGUUCAGUUCAUGUUCACUCACUGUCUUAGUUCCAAACGAAGAACCAAAAACGCCUUUCUUCAAAACAUUCCCAAGAUCUGCCACCGUUCAAGAAGGCGAGAGUGUAUCUUUUGAUUGUGAAAUUGAGAAAGAUCCAACUGAAGUGACAUGGCUCAAGGAUGGUAAACCAAUUGAAGACGACAGUACAAGAUAUCAGUUUGUACAGAAUGGUAAACACUUCCAGUUCAAGAUUCUCAGCAGUACUCUGAAUGACAUUGGCCAGUACCUGGCAAAGGCUUCUGAUAAGAGCGGAGAGACAUCAGCCUCAUUUGCAUUGAAUGUCUUCUCAGUAAGUCAUCUAUACAUUUCUUUUCAAUUAUGUUGAAUUGCUUUUUAUAGG